UUGUCUUCAUCCCUUGUUAUAUUCUUCUCUGUCAUUAUCCUACCAAUAAUUUCUGUGUUCAGUGUAGAUCCUUAGAGAAAUUAGGGAGAAAUUUAAAAAGAGGGGGGACGACGACUCCCUAUGCCACGGUGACGUAAGGUGGAUAGCCAUAGCUUGCUUUAAAGCGUGCCUUAGGAAGAAGAGAGAAAAAGGGGGAAAUCUUUAAGUUCUCCCCCCCCAAAAAAAGCCAAAACAGAAAUCCAGUUUCCAGGUAAAUAUAUGGAGUCUCGGCCAACAUUUUUCCCGGAUCAGCAUUUCCUUGCCUGCCCAACUGGCUGGUUUGCUUCCCUCUCAAAGAAGCACCUUUCUCCUCCUCCUCUACUAUGAGGUUCCAGGCAACCACUCCACCCACCCCAUUUGAAAACCAAGCCUCCAUCCAUCCCUACAAAGAUUCUCCUCUUGCCCGCCUCCCGUCAAAAUACCUCUCCAGCUGAUUGGUUUAGCCCACUGUAUUUCUAGAAAUCCCUCCGCUCUGCUCCUCCCUCUUCUCUCAUCCUCGGGCUGCUUUGUGUCUAUCCCCAUUUCUUCUGCAGCCAGCUGUCCGUCUCAAGUUGUGCCUUAAACUCCAGGUCUUUCAUCUGCCUUCCCCCCUCCAGCGCCUCCUCCAGGAGCUGUUUGGUUCUCCACAACUCUCCUGCCACUUUUCUCCAGGUGUGACUCCCACCACAAUGGUGAGGCUGUCCAAGCCCAAAACUUUUCAGGCCUAUCUGGACAACUGUCACCGUCGCUACAGUUGCGUGCAUUGCCGGGCCCACCUGGCUAAUCACGACGACCUCAUCUCCAAGUCUUUUCAAGGAAGCCAAGGACGGGCAUACCUCUUCAACUCUGUAGUGAAUGUUGGAUGUGGCCCAGCAGAGGAACGCGUUCUGCUGACGGGCCUGCAUGCUGUAGCUGACAUAUACUGUGAAAACUGCAAGACCACUCUUGGAUGGAAAUAUGAACAGGCCUUUGAGACUAGCCAGAAAUACAAGGAGGGCAAAUUCAUAAUUGAACUGAAUCACAUGAUUAAGGACAAUGGCUGGGACUGAAAGCCAACCAACUUCUUUGGACAACUGUAUGUAGGGGGUGGAGCCUAAGAAAUGUCAAAUUUCCACCAAACCUGCCUCCACCUUCUCAACCAUUGGAUUGCCAUCCCAGGCACCUCCAGGGGCACCUGAGUUGUGAAGGAGGAGGUGGUGCUCCUGCCAGAGACACACACCCACAGUUCAGACAUGUUAACUUCCUGUGGCAAAAGGUGGGAGUUCCGGGACACCGCUGGGCCAGGGACUGUGUGCAAGCAGGGACUGGGGUGGGGGUGGGGAGGACUACGGCUGGCUCUGUUGUCCAGAGAGAUUCUGUAUUAAGAGAAAUACGGAUGGGAAAUGUAAAGUACGAGGGGGAAGGGAAACGUUAGGCGUGUACAGUACCUUUGUGUGUAUGUGUGUGUAUUAUAUAAAUAAAAGUAUUGAAGUGA